GCCACAAUAACCCUUCUCUUCCUUGACUUCUUAUCUUUGUUCCAUGGAGGGUUCGUCGACCAAAGUGUUGCGAAAAGGUUCAUGGACUGCUGAAGAAGAUAGUCUCUUGAGACAGUGCAUUAAUAAGUUUGGAGAAGGCAAAUGGCACCAAGUUCCUUUAAGAGCUGGGCUGAACCGGUGCAGGAAGAGUUGUAGGCUAAGAUGGUUGAACUAUCUGAAACCAAAUAUCAAGAGAGGCAAACUUAGCUCGGAUGAAGUGGAUCUGCUUCUUCGCCUUCAUAGGCUUCUAGGAAACAGGUGGUCUUUGAUUGCUGGUCGAUUGCCUGGCCGGACCGCGAAUGAUGUCAAGAAUUUUUGGAACACUCAUCUUAGUAAGAAGCAUGAACCAUGUUGUAAGAUUACUCAGAUUAAAAAGAGAAACAUUACUUCUCAUCCUACCACACCAGCCCAAAAAAUCAAUGUUUAUAAGCCUCGACCUCGAUCCUUCUUAGUUAACAAUGGCUCCAGCAGUCUCAAUGGCCGGCCAAAAGUUAACGUUAUUACACCAAGCUUUGGAAUCAAUAACAAUAAGGUUUGUGAGAAUAAUAUGACAUGUAACAAAGAUAAGGAGAAAGCUGAGCAUUCGAAUAAUUUAAUUGAUGAAGAUCAUAUAUGGUUGGAGAAUUUACUAGAGGAGACCCAAGAGGUAGAUGACUUAGUCAGAGAAGUGACGGCAACAGAGAAAGGUCUCACCUUGGGGUUUGACGUUGAGCAACUUUGGAACAUGUUCGAUGGAGAAUUUGAAUAGUGUUUAUGGCUGUUUGUGUUGCAUUUGUCUAUGGGUUUGUUUUCGAAUUUAGUGUGUAUUUUUCUAUAUAAACUACUAUUUUAAGCAUUUUAUUAAGAGUUUUGUGAUUCUGUAUGUGUUUCUUUGUUUAAAAAUAAAUGAUUGAUGUGUUUGGAAUU